AUGACGUGGGCGGAUCACGAUGGCGCUGUAUCCCGAUGCUCGGCAUGGCGGCAAGUGGCGCUACUGGCUGCGCCCACCAUGGGAAUGUACCUCUUGCUGAUGGCCACUGAGACCAUCUCCUUGUUGUGCUUGGCGCGCCAUGGCAGCGCUCGCGAGCUAGCAGGCUUAGGCCUGGGGAAUCUCGUCUACAACUGCGCAGCAUUGGCCGUCGGCUUUGGCUUUACUGGGUCCCAGGACACCUUGGUGACCCAGGCCUUCGGCAGCAACCGCUUGGAGCUGUGCGAGCUCUAUCUCCACCGCUGUCAGGUCUGGAUGUGUGGUCUCUUCCUCUUCAGCGGGACCUUCAUCGCCUUCACCGAGCCUUUAUUGCUUCUGGUGGGCGCCUGCGAUCGAGAGACGGCCGAGCAUGCGGGCAACUACACCAGGCUGAUGGUGGCUGGACUGCUGGGUACCUUCCAGUAUAGCGCCCUCCGGAAGUUCCUGACGGCGCAGAAACUUGCCAGACCGGGCAUGUGGGUCCAGGCCAUCUCGCUUCCUCUCCAUUACCUAUGGUGCACGCUGCUGGUCCCUCGAUAUCGAAUGCGAGGUGUUGGGGUGGCCAUGGCUUUAAAAGGAUGGAUCGACUUUGUCCUGCUAGGCCUUUAUGCUUCGUGGUUGUCGCCGCUCUCGAGCUGUCGUCAUUGGUGGCGAGUGUGGAAAGCCUUCAAAGGGGAUCGAGUCUGGCCGGGUCUUCUGGAAUACUUCUAUUUGGCGGUGCCUUGCGUCGCCAUGCAGGCGGUAGAAUGGUGGGCCUUUGAGUUGAUUGGGCUCUUUGCAGGCUACUUCCACUCACCAGAGAAGCUUGCGGCGCAUGUGGCUGCUUGCAACGUCUCAAACAUCUUGUACCUUGCUGGGACAGGUGCACAAAAGGCGACAGCAGCUUUGAUUGGAGGUGCUACCGGUCGAAAUGCCCAUGAAGAGGUGAAGCAAUUCUUUCGGGUCUCGCUGCAGUGGAACUUCCUCGUGGGGGGCUGCAUGGGCAUCGCGGUUUGUCUCGGUCAGCAGGUCAUCGCCGGAGCCUUUGCUCCGAAGAACCUUCAAGUGCAGGAGAUCCUGGUUAGCUUGCUGCCCUUGCUGGCCAUCCAAAGCAUGUUGGACGGCAUGAACCAAGUCAUCCAGGGGGCACUUCAAGGAUUUGGGCUGCAAGCCAAAGCUUCAAGAGUGUCGAUCUUUUGCUAUUGGGUGGUCAUGCUGCCUGCCUCCGGAGUUCUGGGCUUUCCCUUGCGCUUGGGCGUGCCAGGCCUUUGGCUGGGUUGCAUCGUGUCCGGCUGUGUGGCGUUGCUCCUCAACACGCUGCUCUACCGCCGUAGCAACUUCGAAGAGAUCGCGAGUGCGGCGCGGCUGCGGAUGCAGCUGGACUGUGAGAGCUAG